UAAGGAUGGUGAUGUUGUGGAAACUGAGGCUGUUUCUGUAUUGGAACAUUGGCUGAAGAAGCCAAGAUUUGGUACCAGCAAGAUCAAUACCGGAAUCUUGGGAGCAGUUUGAUAACCGGAGACUACAUAUGCCGACACUAACUGCAUCUUCCUCCAUGACUUGUCUUCCCAUCACCAUACUGGAAAUAUUUCCGCUGUCAAAUACUUUGCUUGCCUCUUCUUCUAGUUACAACCUUUUGGAUGACAGAUUGAAGACUCAGUUCACUCGAUGGAGCCAAACCCGGGUGUAUCGUGUGACGAGUGACAUGAGAAAGGAUGCCAUGCAAGAGAGGCUGGACAAAGUGAGGACCAGCAUCUCCAGGGUCAUGUUUGAAGCAGUAACCGAAGCAGAUAACAACCAUUCAGACAUCAACAUCCACUCCUCACUGUCCACAUUUUAGGCCCAGACAGUCCAUCUCAAUGGCUUAUAAGAAGAAACAAAGACUAUUGAUGUUUCAUCUCUCCGCAAAUAAAGUUCUUGAAAUCGCCAAUCUAACAACAGGAAUCCUGGGGGGAAAAAAACUUAUUUUAUUUCAAGUUAUCUUUUUUUAAUCAUAUGACUGUUGAAAAUAUCUAUCUACUAUAUAGAUUUUCCACUACUAAUAAAAUGUUUUGGUGUUCAAAAUG